CUUGAGCCUCAAUGUGACCCUGCGUCCUAACGGUUCAACUUUCAACUUCGAUUCGGCUUCAAGGCUCGAGGCGAAGCUCGCGUAUUCUUGUGAGGCAUUUCGGGUAAUGGCCACCCGGCGAAUGUCCCAGUCGCUGUGCUUGAUCGCCAUCAUGUCGGAGCCUCAUGGGGAGAUGUCCGAGUCGUAAAUAACACCACACCCUCGAUCGUUCGACGACCUCCAAGACCAUGGGGUCAGCCAUCUCUCGUCUCAGACUAGUUUGGAAAACGCUGCGCUCGAUUUCGGCCUCGUACGAUGUACUUGAACGACGUAUUGCGACAUCUCCUGGCAUCCCAUCACCAAAUCCAUCGAUAUCUUACUGGGAAGUCCCGCCAGCCCCUAUAGCAAAGCAUGGAUCCUCUUCAGCUCUUCCAGAAUAUGCGGAUAUUGUGGUCAUUGGGAGUGGCAUAACAGGCACCGCUUUUUCGCGGACCACCUUGAAUAUUUUGGAAAAGGACAUGCAACCGACGAUCGUGAUGCUGGAGGCAAGAGACGCAUGCUCUGGCGCAACUGGAAGGUGAACCACUCAAUCUUCGAUCUUCUAAUCGAUUCUACGAUGCGUGCAAGGAAUGGAGGGCAUGUGACACCGGUCCUGUUCCACGAUUACCCAGCCUUGAAAUCCGCCCACGGAGCGGCAAAUGCUCAGGCUAUAUUACGAUUCAGGCUAGCCCACCUCCCUGAGCUGCUUGCUGUGGCCCAAGAAACCGGUCUCGCGGAUUGCCAGUGCCGGGAGGUCGAGACGUUCGAUGUGUUCUUCGAGCAGGAGACCUUCGACGUCGCCAAGGAGAAUCUUGAGCAUUAUUUGCGAGACAUGCCAGACCAGCGGUCAAAUUGGCGCCUAGUAAAUGCCGAGGACUGUGUGAAGGAUCUACAACUAUCCCGCCAGGCAGUUGGAGCCAUUGGAACGGUUGGAGGAGCCAUUCAUCCCUAUCGUUUUGUGGCGGGAAUUCUUUCCAGCCUACUGGAGUCCUUCCCGGACCAGUUUCGGCUGCUCACUCACACGCCGUGCUUAUCAAUAUCGUCUGACGAGGAUUUCUACACAAUCACGACGAACAAGGGUCAGAUUCGAGCUCGUCAUGUUGUUCACGCGACAAACGGAUGGGUCUCGCAUCUGCUGGCACCUAUGCGAGGGAAAAUUGUCCCUGUCCGAGGCCACAUGAGUUCCCAACGACCAGGACUAGGCCUGGGCCACAAUUCAGUGCCCGAUGGCGAUUCGGAGUCAAUGGCCACCCUAGCGGAAGCUCGAAACCCGUGGGCUGGCCAACGCUCAUUCGUGAUGUACGCUGGUGGAGGUUACGACUACCUCACACAGCAACCGGUCGAAUUAAUUACCGCAUCGUCGGAAUAUCCGGCACCAGCUGGGGAGAUGAUGUUUGGAGGCGGGGCGAGCCACGGCGAGAUUCUGGACCAGGCUCUGAUGAAUGAAGUUGGUGUGAGUGACGACACAGACUGGAAUACGGGGAAUGCCGCUCAUCUCAGCGGAGCCUUGAGCGUCUACUUCGAUGGAUGGGGCGCUGAGGGACGAGGCACGGACGACAAGGACACACAGUUUGGCGCGGGAAGAGUCAAGAAACUCUGGUCCGGCAUUCUGGGGAUAUCAGCUGAUGGCAUUCCAUGGGUGGGUCGGAUUUCUCCAAGAAUAAGUGCUCGGUCAGAGCCAAAGUCAAGUGGUUCUUCGAGACUGGCGACUCCCGGAGAGUGGAUUGCUGCCGGUUACACCGGGGAAGGGAUGGUGCAUGCAUAUCUUUCUGCCAAAGCUCUCGCCCAUAUGGUCCUAGCGACCGAUGAAGCCUCGCUGCCUGCGGCAUUUCUUGUCAGCGAGAAGCGAUGGAGGAAUGCUCGCAUGGAGAACUUGCCGCAGUUCCUUGUCUUCAACUCUUUACUCGUUCGCUAUCCGACGCAUUUACAUAUACCAACCAUGGCUCCCGUCGAGAUGGAAUACUACGAUCUACUGGAUGUGCCAGUAGAUGCGGAUGACAACACUCUCAAGAAGGCGUACAGGCGGCAAGCUAUGAAGGCGAGUUCUUCGGAUGAAAAGAGUAAAGCGUAUCAAGUCUUAUCCGACCCGGUGAGCCCUGCUGUUUCCGUGGUCGUUGAUGUUGCAACUCACUCGAGAUCAAAGAACUUGCGUACUGUGUACGAUAAGAAUGGGAAGUCGAUGGUGGACAAGGAAGGCGGGGUUAACAUGGAAGACGCGGCUGGAUUCUUUGCCAAUGUUUUCGGAGGGGAACGAUUCGCCGACUACAUUGGCGAAAUCUCCAUCAUGAAAGACAUGACUGCGACCGCGACGACUAUGAUGACUGAGGAGGAAAAGGUCGAGAUGGAGAAGGCUAUGAACGAGGGGAGCUCUACUCCCAUCGGCGAAGCCGCUCGAUCCACGUUGUCCUCGGGUUCUGCGACACCAGUCCGAUCUACACCGACCACUCCCUCAGCAUCCAACGAAACAUCGCCGUCCAGCCUUACCGUGCAUUCUGAGGCAGAGUCGCCGCUACCGCCGUCGAAGGAAUCCAAAGACAAGAAGCGUUCCAAGAUUACCCCGGAACAGAAACAGAAGCUGCGUGAUCAGGAGACAGAGCGGCAGCGGGUGAUGGAGGAACGUGUAACCUCAUUGACGACGAAGAUGAUCGAGAGGCUACGACCCUUCGUGGAGGCUAAGCAUCCAGGUGAAAAAGACGACCCCGAAACGAAGGCCUUCGAGGAAAAGAUGAGGCGAGAGGCCGAGGAUCUGAAGUUGGAGAGUUUUGGCGUCGAAUUGCUUCACGCUAUCGGUGGCGUCUACAUGAUGAAAGCAACGUCAUUCAUGAAGUCGAAGAAGUUCCUCGGCAUCCCCGGCUUUUUCUCGCGUCUAAAGGAGAAGAGCGACCUUGUGAAGGAUGUGUUCGGAGUCAUUGGAAGCGCUCUCAGUGUUCGAGAUCUCAUGCUGGAAAUGGAGAGGCAGCAAACCAAAGGAGAACUCGGCGAGGAGGAACUUCGGGCUUUGGAAAUGGACGUCACGGGGAAGAUCAUGCUUGCCUCAUGGCGUGGUGCUCGAUUGGAGGUUGUGCAGGUUUUGCGGGCUGUUGUCGAUAACGUGCUCAAAGAUCCAGGAGUAUCGGAUCUGGUGCUGCUGAACCGCGCCAAGGGUCUUCUCAUCACCGGUGCCAUCUUCAAGUCCACGGCUCCCGACGAAACCGAUGCAGAACGUCGGGAACUUGAGAGAAUGGUUGCAGAAGCGGCUGCACCAAAGGGGAAGUCGUCAGCCAAAACUGCACACGCAAAACGGGAGCAAAUGCUCCGACAACAUGCAGCAGAAGCCGAGAAGGUCAAGACUGGGCAGAAUGAUAUUUAAUGGAUUUUCCUUGGGGAUGUUUGUGUGAACUAGACUAUCUUAAUGCUCAUGUCACGCGGAAAAUGAUGCUUUGAC